AGCUAGUUUCAACUUGCAAGUGAGCUGUCAUGUACGAGCAAAGCAAAACUCCAUGCUUGUAAAUCAUCACGUUCUUUUGAAGCGCCUCAUGUGAAGCCUUAAGUGAACUUAUGCAUUAAUUACCAGUCGAACGCCUUCGGUUAUUUCUCACGCAACAACGAGACGCAGGUUACUAAAAUUUUGAAACGUUAUUGACCAAGUCAGUAAGGGUGGGUUGGGGUAGAGAAAGGAAGAGGAAGAAAGUCACAAAGAAACAGCCUGAGUACGAAACUCGGAACUUGCCAGCAAACACAUCAGCGAUCAGCGAUCUAAUUAGAUUCUUUUUCGGGAGGGAAAACAUGGAAGAUGUGAAUUUAAUAUGAAGCAUCUAUUUUCGUUUAGCGGCAAGACACGAAGCCAAUGAGGGCUACCCACAAGAUACAGUCGAGAGGAUAUUAUUUCAACAUUUCAAGGUCUGGAAGACGCUUAGGGUUCCCAUCUCCACUGGAUGACUGAAGGACAUACCAGUGGUUUCUGACAUGGACUGUGAGGGGGUCAUAGGUCAAAUCCCAGCGGAGGAGCAGCUGGAGCCACUGCUCAUCCUUGAGGAAGGGGAUGAGCUGGACGACUUCACGCAUAUCUCUCCGAGAGGGAAAGGCAUACUGAGAGUGAAGAAGGACGACAUGGAGGACAGAAGUAAGGGAAGCUCGGGCGGAAGUACAGAUUCUAAAAACAAUGUGGAAGAAGAUGAAAGUGUGCACAUAGCUAUCACCGAGGAGGAAGUGGCAAGUCAGCAAAAGGAAGGGCUGGAAUCCCAAAACCAAAAGAUUGAAGGAGUGACGGAAAAAGAGGAGAACGCCGAAGUGAAAAGAGUCCAAACUGGACCUGGAUUAGCGAUGGAGAAGGUGGGAGGGGAGAUGGAGGGACUGAAGAUAGACAUGGUGCCUAAAGAAGAGUCAAUUGCUGAUACCCAGCCUUCAGCCAAACUACGACCCAGAGACCGACUCAGUCCUGAAGAUGCUCAGCAAAAGCUGCACAGGUUAUCCCCAGAUUCUCCUGAUGCUCUCUACGAGCUACUUUGCGCCUUGCAGGAGGGGCGUCGACUCAACGACCAGCGCUGCUCCUUCACCCUGCAGCCACGCCGGAGGUGCCACUCAGAGCCUGGAACCCCACUCCACAACCAGAAAGUGACCUUCUCAUCCAUGACGUCACUGCAGAAGGAGGAGUUCUUCGAUCUGGUGGCCACCUCCCAGGCUCGACGGCUGGACGACCAGCGUGCUGAUUUUCAGAGCCCUUCCUCAGAAGCCCCUGUGCCUUUGUCUCAGAAGCCUCGGCGUGCCUCCAGUGCCCCUGAGACAAUCUCGCACCCGAGACCCAAAUCGAGGAGAAGCAGCUGGAAGGUCAUAGAGUUUGGCCAAACCGUUCCCAAACCAGCGGCGAAAGAGGAGCUCUACAACAUGAUCCUAACUUCACAAGCGCAGGGACGCUUGGAGGAGCAGCGUAGCAAAGCACCAGGUCCUAUGGAUGAUGAAGAUUUCUUCUCCCUGCUGUUGAAGGUCCAGGGAGGCCGUAUGGACGAGCAGAGAACAGAGCUGCCUGUAGCACUUCGGUAUUAAAAGAGACGCUGGCUGAAAAAACGGUGUUAUUUCGGUUAUAUCUGAAAUAUGUCUUUUUAGUGACUUGGUUAACUUGCUUUUUGUCUGAAAAUGAUGUAAUUUAUGAUUUUCUGAGCCUCAAGGAUGUUUUAAAUUGUCGCCAUUCCCAAGGAUUCAUUUCCUUGUUUCUGUUUUUUGCGCAAUGAAACUUGAGUGUUAAUCAUAGAACGCUUUUUCGAAAAAGAGCGAAAGUCAACACUUGAGCUGAGAUAAAUGUUGCACAUGGUUGCAAAAGCCGUUUAGUAUUUGCUGAUGUGUUUAAAUGUCGGUGUUUGCUUCAGGGAGGCGUCAAAGAGAGAUGAGAGGUACAGAGAGUGCAGGCUUUUAGAAGUGUUUAUGGUAUAAAAGCCGUGAAAGACCAAGCGCUGAAAUACAACGGAGGAUAUAAGAAGUAAGGCAAAGACACUGUACACGAAAGGGGUAAUUAAAAAAUAAAUGAAUAAAUAAAUAACAGAUAUCACAAUUAAUAUUUGACAGUUGACGGCUGAUAUUCUCACAGGUAUUUGAACUUUGAUUAGACAACAAAUUAAUUUGUCGAAUUAAGUGUACAGUACACAAAUCUGCAUACUCGACUAAACAAAAAUCUCGUCUUUUGACAUUGUUGGAAUUCAAAUUUUUAAAAAAUUAAAUGAAAUUUAUUUCACUGUGGAGACGCUCUCAAGAGAAAGACAUGUUGAAACACUUAUAGAAUGACUUUAUGCCCUUUUCAGUAUAAAAUCUGACGUAACCCCAACAAUAAUCAACAUUUUGGGAUAUUCUUCAGACAUAAGGUUUGAAUUAGGAAUAGGAAUGAACGUGAAAAAUUUCACGAAUGUAGGUCGUCCAGAAACUGAAUACAUGAAAAAAAACACCUUAAAAAAUACAGCACACUGUUGUGUUAAUGUUAAUGUUUUGCAACUGGAGUUCAAUUGACGUGUAUAUCAUUAUAACCCACAAUUGACAUACAGUACCAGUCAAAAGUAUGGACACCUUCUAAUUCAGUGUUUUUUCUUUAAUUUCGUGAAUUAAAAGUCACUUCAUGUCUUAAA